AUGGCCUUAUGUUUCCUGCCGGGCAUUGUCCGGAUGUUGGACUUGGAGGGUUCAUGCUUCAAGGAGGCCAGGGAUGGAAUUAACUGGGGAUGGGCUGCCGAGAAGCUACUCGCCGUGGAAGUGGUGACAGCUCAGGGAGAGUCCUUGCUCUGCAAUAAAGAACAGCAUCAAGACCUCUACUGGGCUGCCCGCGGAGCAGGACCAUUCUUCCCGGCAAUCGCGACUAUAUUCCACUUGCAACUUUUACCAUAUCCUGUUGGAUUUCGAUCCUCGGGAUAUAUCUAUCCGGCCAAGAUGUACCGCCAGGCCUUCGACUGGGUUCAAUCUGUUGUUCCAACCGCUGAUCAAGACACCGAGAUCGUCAUGGUGGCAUUCCAUUCCGAACCCGAUCGCGAGAUAUGCUUUAAGGUUCAUUUCAUCACCAUGAAAAGUAGCAUUGCAGAAGCCGAGGCUGCCCUGAUGAAAUUGCAUACCGGCCGCCCUCCUGGAACACUAUCAGAAUGGGUGUGUCAAGAGGAAAGUCUGGAGAACCUCCAUCAAGGCCAAGCAUUGGCAAGUCCGAAAUAUCUUUACUAUUACACGGACAAUGCCUUCAUUCGCGAAGGAGCUAAAGUGACAGAUGUGCUAGAAGAAGGCUUUCUCAGUCUCCCUCCUGGUAAAUCGUGGGCAUUCUGGUCUCCGACGUAUCCGUACAGUGAACGAGUUGUCUCAGACAUGGCAAUGAUCGUGCCAUCAACCCACUACUUCUCAAUGUAUGGUAUCGCUGAAAGCGAAGAUCUGGCUCCGCAAUGCAGGACGUGGGUGGAGGGUACUAUGGCUGGGAUUAGGAAGUAUGCCGUUGGUUCAUACUUGGGCGAAAGUGACUUCAAGGAUUCGCCUGAGUGGUAUUGGGGUGCACGUAAUGCCCGACGCCUUGAACAAGUGCGCCAGACGUGGGAUCCGAGUUCUCUGUUUUGCUCUGUGCAUAAGCUCUCAAGGAAAUAG